AGAACAUGGCAACAAGUGGUAGUGAACCUACUAAUGGAGGAAGUGGAACCCAUGGGCCCGAAGUCACACUUGAAGAAAUGAGGCAAAGGCUAGAUACCUUGCGAAGUGACCCUGUUUUCGAAGAAACGACCGAAAAUGCUAACGGAAAUCAGGUGGAUAUGAUGAAGCUGAUGAUGGAAUUCUUGCAAGGAAACCGACCAAGGGCCAAGACGGAGCAGGAAGAAUGCUCCAAUAUGUUCAAAAGGUUUUCUGCUCACAAGCCGCCUACUUAUGAUGGAAAGCCUGACCCCACCGAGUUUGAGGAAUGGUUGAAUGGCAUGGAGAAACUCUUUGAUGCCACCCAGUGUCCCGACAAGUGGAAAGUUAACUUUGCUGUAUUCUACUUAAAAGGGCAAGCUGAUCUGUGGUGGAAGACUGCUAGAGAGUUGCAGAAUCAACCUGGAUUUGGAUGGGAAGGUUUAAAGGAGGCUAUGAGAAACCAGUUUUACCCUCAGUCUCUGCAACUCCAGAUGGAAUCUGAGUUUAUCCAUCUGAGGCAAAGGGGUAUGUCAGUUCUGGAAUAUGCUGUGAAGUUCAAUGAGUUAGCUCGAUUUGCUCCUGAUCUGGUGUCUACGGAUCGUCAAAGGAUGAAUCGAUUUGAAGGAGGUUUGAACCUGGAUCUUCAAGAAAGGCUUGCUGCAAAUAUGAGUAAGUCUUAUCAAGAGCUAUAUGACCGGGCUAUCAAUGUUGAAAGGAAAAUGAAGCUGCGAAAGGAAGUGUAUGAGGGUGGAAAAAGAAAGCUAAAUCUCAUGAAAGCCACUCCAACAACAACUUCAACAAAAAGCCAAACACGGGAUAUUCGGGAAACGAUCAGAAGCAAAUUCCUCGAUGCAACAAAUGCGGAAGACAAGGCCACAUGA